CAAGAACUUAUACAUAAAUAAUCGGACCAUGUGGAUCUUUAGCUGGGGUACGUAGAACACACACGGAUUGCAACCUAAGUAAAGCAUAGAACAUUCUGCCUGGCUUCUCCCCAGAAUUUUAUUGCUUUAGACCUUUCUUGUUGUUGGGGUCUGAUAAGAUAUGACCCUAGCUAUCGCAUAUUUAAGUCGAGCUUCUACAAAAAGAAGUGGGCCCACACAGGCUAGCCCGUUCCGUUUAAGGGCCAGUUUUCUCCUAUUUAGGCCUGUCACGACAUCUACUAACGUCCUCAGUACAAGACGUGUUGUCGUCGCUAGGCUUGUGGAAUAAGCAUGCCAAGUUGUUGUUUUUGGGUUUGGACAAUGCUGGAAAAACUACGUUGUUGCACAUGUUGAAGAACGAUCGCUUAGCCCAGUUGCAGCCCACGUUGCACCCCACUUCCGAGGAGUUGGCCAUCGGCUCGGUUAGGUUCACCACCUUUGAUUUGGGUGGCCAUCAACAGGCUCGUAGAUUGUGGAAGGACUACUUCCCAGAGGUCGACGGAAUCGUGUUUUUGGUUGACACGGCAGACUCCGAAAGAUUGGCCGAGUCCCGCGCUGAGUUGGCCGCUUUGUUUCAGAUCGAGGAGCUUAGCAAAGUACCGUUCUUGGUCUUGGGUAACAAGAUCGACAAGCCAAAUGCCGUGAACGAGUCCGAGUUGAAGGCUGCUUUGGACUUGUAUGGAACCACCGGCAAAGACGUGGGGAAGUUGCCCGAAAACAUCAGGCCUAUCGAGGUGUUCAUGGUGUCCGUUGUGAUGAGAAUGGGCUACGGCGAGGGGUUCAAGUGGUUGUCGCAGUACAUUUGAUAUUUGUAGAUAUUUACUGCGAGCUAGAUCCAUAUGAAAGAUAUCGAAUUUUUAUUGGGCCUUGUAGCUAUGCGGGGGAUGAUGAAGCCACGGGCCAAGAUGUGAGGAUUCAUACGUAGGCUCGUUUAGUACGCCAUGCAAGCCCGUCGAUCUGAACAGGUCUUUUCUCCUUUUGACAUAACUGGAUCUUUGGUGUCGUGUUGAGGAGUGUUUUUGUUGGAAGACAAAAAUUUGACCUUGUUAAGGGUUUUCCCAAACAGGGCUGGAUUUCGUAGAAUAACGUGACAUAUGAUUGGGUCAUUAAUAAUUGUUUACAGGGCACAUCAUCCCUCACAUGCGCUGAUUUACCAAUAGGUACAUGAGGCAGGCCAAUGCUCGAUGGUGCUUAACACUACUGUGUCAUAGAACACUCCA